AUGAAGCUUAACGUAUUCGUGCAUAUGGUAGCAGCUCUGCUGCCGAUGAGCUCGAGCACCGAUGUUAUGCUGAUUCGACAAUUGACAACAGAUGAGAAACUCAAAGUCGGAAAUUCUUCGGAGGAAGUCACGAGUGGUAGUGCGAGCGAUGAAAAGCUGAAUAUUACAGAAUCGGGAUCUCAGUUUCUUGACGAAGGCAAUAGAAGUGAAACUCACGUCACUUUAGCGGAAGGGUUGAGAAAUGAGGCCAACCAGACUACGCUGGUCGAGCCAUUGACAACAACAGCGUCACUCCAGACUACUGGCGACACGAUGGACGAGAUGGAUAAGGCAGGCUCAAAAUUUAGUGGUGAUGACAGCGAAACGAACUCGAGUACUCUAACUUUAACAGGUGAUUCUACAUUGGCGAAGGCAUCGGAUGGUGUUGACAUAGAACAAGAAGUCGAUAAGACGAGCCACGAUGAAGACAAGACUUUAUUAUGCCAAUUUCCUUUUCACACAACGCAUGAAUCAAACGCUCUUCAGUCAAAAGCUGAGGAAAAAGGUAACAGUGGUAAUCAAGAGGUCUCAAAAGACGAGGUAAACGGAGAAGAAUCUAGUGAAGAUGGAUCCAGCGAAGACGACUCCAGUGACUCUAGUGAGGAUAUUUCAAGUGACAACUAA